AUGAAUUGUAAGAUUUUACCACUUGCGUUACCAAAUGAAGAGAAGAAACCGAUUGACAAAGAGCUUAUCAAGAAUAUGCUUAUUCAUGGAAUUGAAGAAAACCCACCUGAAGACAGAGCAAUCGCUUGGUUAAUUAUGGCAAGAAUAUAUCCACUCAAUGCAGAUGAAUGGAACGAAACCCGUAAUAAGCAUUUCGAUGUAUAUCGUGAUUUCAUUAAGUUUUUCAAAAUGGAAGACUAUCAUACAAAAACUUUUCCAAAUAAUGAUGAAAUUACUGAAUUUGGAACAGAAAACGAUCAAUUGAUGGCCUUAAUUCAUGUUGAUAUGAUAAGAACAGCUCAUCAUAUUCCUUUCUUCCCUUUUCCAGAAAAUUCUGACGAAAAAACAACAGAUAUCCUUGUUCCUUUCAGACCGCAUUUAAGACGUUUAGAAAGACUUUUAUACAUUGCCGCAAGUGUCAAUCCAACGCUUUUAUAUGCUCAAGGAUUUAAUGAAUUAAUUUGCCCAAUCUUCUUUACAUUGCUAUCAGCAAUUAAACUUUUUGAUGAUGAUUGGGAUCUAGUUGAAGCUCUUUCAUUCUUUAUGCUUCAAAAUCUUAUACAAAUGACAGAAUUAAAUGAAUUAUUUACUACACAGGAUAAAUCAUCAAUAAUCUUACACAGAAUGAAUCUAUUCAUGCACUUAGUAGAAAUUCAUGAUCCACGCGAAGCAGAAAUCAUUAAAAGUUUUGAUAUCCAUCCAUUAUCGUUUGCCUUUCCAUGGCUGAACAUUUUAUUCUCCCAGUUCUUCAUGAUGCCCGAUCUCGUUAUUGUUUGGGAUACAUUGUUCGCUAAUUUCGAUAAUCUCCUGCAAUUUGCUAAUUAUAUCGGUGUUGGCAUCAUUAAAAUGAUGGCAGAUAAGAUAUCAGCUGAUGACUAUAUUAUGACAAUGACAACACUCAAAAAGACAACACUUACUUGUGUUCCAGAUAUUUUAAGAUAUGCUGUUCAUUAUUUGCAAGAAGAUAACACUCCAAAGAAGAAGGAUUCCUUCUUCAAAUCAAUGAUCCAUAAAAUGGAUUCAAAACUCGAUUCAGUUCUCCAAAAAUUUAAAUAA